ACAGAGAAGUUCGCUGGAUGAACAGCGUUUUAGUUUCUGAAGGGAAAGUUUUUCUCAUCGGCGGGGCUCAGUAAACUGCGCACGUUACUAUAGCAACAAAAGCGCGUUCUUGUCACCAUCGUCUAUAAACACACACAGACACAUACACACAGCGGAUUAAAAAGCGUUAUGACGUGUUAUGAUGAUUUUAUGGGUUGUUGUAAUUUAACACAAAUUAAACAUGUUGUCCGGUGUGACACAGAUCAGCCGAAUCGUUUCGAAACAGAUUUUUACUGAGAGAAAGUCCGUAAAUCAGUAUGAGGCUGUAAGAUUCAACGAGCUGUCUCGAGUCAUUCGCCUGCUUGAAGAUCCAGUUUCUUCCUCAUUGAAGGAGAGACACCUUUUUAUGUUGAAGAAAGUGGUGAAGACAAGUCAUCGAGGAUUUGUUUUGAGGGAUCUCGCAGACGUGUUUAAGAUUAUAAACAUUUGUGCUGAGAAAGCAACAGAUGAUGAAGAUUACUCCAGAAUCCUUUGUGAUUUACUCCACACAUGCGGGCGACCCUUCCUAAAGGAGAAGUCCUCUGAUGAGAUGAACUAUGACACUGUAGUGAUGGGCUGUCUGUCUCAAAUGGGUUUUCUGAUGAGAAUUCCAGUCCCAGAAAUCAGACAUCAGAUCUGUUCCUCUGUGAUCGCUUUUUACACCUGUGAAAACCCCAGAUCUGGAUUUGAUGGUGUUUCUCCCACACGUCCUGAUUACAGAAGGCUGAUGGUGGAACGUAGCGGCCUGGCUGAAACACUUGUGAUGUCACUGCCUCUCAUGGAAAAUCAGCUGUCAGUCAAACUGCGUCUUCUUCACACUCUCCAGAUCUUGUCUCGGACAUCAGAUGUGAACUGUAAUUUAAUGCUGAAAGCUCAGGCCGCUCACAAGAUCUGUUACCAUAUGAGUGAAGGUGACCCAUCUGGGCAGAUUCUGUUUCGCUCUUCAGAGAUCUUGUGGAAUCUUCUGGAGAACGGAUCAAAGGAGGAGGUCACCGCUCAGCUCAGUAACAUGGACUGUAUAGAUUCUUUAAAACAGGCGUUUCUUCACCAGCUGUUGAAUGGUUUUCGUCAUUAUGAUCAACAGUUGAGGAAUGACCUACUGGUGCUUACAUCACUGAUUGCAGCCAAUCCAAAUGCUCGUUUGAUUGAGAGCGGGUUUGUCAAACAUCUCACACUGCUUGCCACUUUUCCAGAGUUGAAGAGUCACAAUCCUCUGGUGCGUAACCUCAGGCUUUCCUUCAACCAAGAGGACUUUGAGAUGAAAAAACUCUUGCUGAAUGUGAUUGUUGUCCUGUCUAAAGAUCUGGCUGCUCUGCAGUUGUUUAAAGAGGGUCGCGUCAUGCUGGCACUGAUGCUUUUGAUCAAACCGAGAUCAUGUGACAUCCACAGCAGCAGACGCAGCUGGACAUCCAGCCAGCAGGAGGAGCUGCAGCUUCAGGCUUUAGCCACACUUAGCAUGUUGGCACCUUUGAUGUUGGAUGACUACAUUAUGUGUCAGGCCAACACUUGUCUGUUGCUUUUGCUUGACUGGUGUCUACAGGAAGACUCCUUUAGGGGUCAGGGUCACAGUUUCCAUGGGACCGGUGGGCGUGGCGGGAAGAAGGCGCAGAUGAGAUACUGCAUUCGUGUGCUUAGAUCUGUGGUGUCUCUGGGCAAUGAGCUGGUGAUCCAGGAUCUCUGUGAUCAGGGAGGAAUAGGGCAGCUUUUGGGGGUGUUGCGCUGGUUCUUAAGAAAAAAGGAGACAGAAGAUGAUGUUUCUCUGGAGAUACAGAUGGACAUUCAGGUCAUUCUGUCUGCGCUCUGUGAGGGGGACAUGCACAGGAAGGAGCUGUUUGGCAGUGAUGGUGUGGAGAUUUUGCUUCAGUAUUUGAAUAUGGAUCCUCAUCUGAUCUUUGGUGGGUUGGGUCAUAAUAAACUGCUUCUGUCCACUGUCGACUGUGUUUGGUCGUGUGUCGUUGGCUGUUUCAAUACCGAGGAUGUGUUUUUGGAGAGACGUGGUAUUUAUCUACUCCUGCACCUGCUGCAGGUGAGCCCCAGGCAUAUGUUGAGCAUGCUCAUCGGGACUCUGCUGGAGUUGUGUGAAAACAGGCAGGCGCUGGCACACAUGCUGAGCUGGUGCGGAGAGAAAGACGCCUCUGCCCCACAACUCCUCCUAAAGAUCUGGAGGGAAGAAGAGAAGCUGAUGGGCAUCACACGAGACCAGCGGGGAAUGAUCACAGACGUAAAGCAGCCAAUCAUCUCACAGACUGAGGACGGACCGUCAUCAAAUGACUUCAGUGCUUCAGUCAGAGACGUGUCAGAGAGCCUGUGUGCAAACAUCUACUGCAUGUUCUCCAAACUGGGAUUUAAACGGCUGUCGGGUUUGAGUACAGAAGAUUACAUCACACUCAGCAUCAUCAGCCAAUACCUGGACUUCAAGGUGGCUGAGGUUUGGGCUGAGGUCUCAGCUGAGCUGUCUGAUGAGGGACUGGCACCCAUCUCAUCAGAUGAAGAAGCCUUGAAGAGCAUGAAAAAGAUAAACGAUGACACAGCCGGUCAUGUGCGCUCUCUGCAGCAAAGCAUUCUGGGCUGGCAGCAACACGAAGAUCUGCAGGAGGAGAGACGCAUGUAUACUGAGAUAAUCUUCACUCAUAAGCAGAGAGAGUUAGCUACAGACGCCUGGAGAAAUUAUGUCGCCAGAACAUCAAACUACAGCAUCUUAAAGGAGUUCAAAAGGCUACGAGAAGAAAGCAACACCAGGGGCUCAGAAGCGACAACAGACGAGACCCUUGAGGGACCCCCGAAACAAAAGACCUCUUCAAACACUGUCUCAGAUCAAUAAACCAUUGCCAAUGACAUUGAUAUUUACAACAUACUACUCUUUAAAUCUUUGGCAUUGUUUUGAAAGAGCUCGACACGUGUGUCAAAUCGCUUGUGUUUCAUGGUGAUUGUGUGACUUAGGCCCUGUUUACACCUGGUAUUAAGAUGCGUUUUGGUCGAUCGGAUCACAUGUUGAUGAGAGAGACACGUGUUCGUUUACACCUGGGGUCGUUUACACUUCUGAUCCCCAAAAAUAAGAAACGUAAUGGGAGAAUGGGCUUGCAGGGUGGGAUCUGACUUGCAGAUGAUCUGUGAUUUAUAAAGGGAACAUUUCUUUGUUUAAUAAGUCUUUACUCUUUCCCCGACAUUGACUAGAUAACUCAUCAAUUAAGAGAAAACGAUUCCCUGCCAAUGACGAGAAUUUCCGGCUUUUCGCAGUAGUGCUAUUAUCCACCAGGUGGCGCAGUUCUGCAACUUAUACAAUCUGGAAGUAACGCCUCACGUGAAAAUUGAAUUAUCUCUGCUUUUUGCUCAAAAUUGUGUGUUUUUAAGAAACCUACCCAUAUUUGAGAGGUGAUAAAAGAGAAAUAAUGAAGGCAGGAUUAAACUUUUUUUGUUUGAAAUCAGAGGGUCUGUUCUUUCAUUUGAUGUAUUGUUUGUUUAUAUAUUUAAAGAAGAACAUUUUCUGGAAGGCAUUAAACUUUUGUGAAAAUCAUGAAAAAUGUUAUUGCUGGCUGGCAACUUUUUUUAAAACGCUGGCGGGGAAAGAGUUAAUAUUAGUCUAAACAUUUUACACCCCGUUUACAUCUCUAUUUAGCAUCGUCCACUUGAGAUCCGAUCGACAUAAAAGCAUCUUAAUACCAGGUGUAAACUGGGCCUUUAGUUUCUAUAAUGACUAAUAAAAUAAGAGCACAAUCUCUGUUUACUGACUGUAAAUCUCACUACAGCAAAUACACUGUGGUCACACACAAGUUACUACUUUAUGAUCAUCACGGGUUAAUAAACUAGUCUGUGUUAGUCUGAUGUACAACACAAGAGGGCGACAGCUUUGCAGGUCAAUCACUGUAUUCUUAUUUCAUAGGAGGAAAGCAUUUCUAUAAGCACAUCUGAAAACAUACAGGGUUUAAACUGUGCUCAACAUCAUAUAGAGCGCGUCUUUGUUACAAAGCAGCUUUACAUGAAAUGAAAAAUCAAGAAUGUCAAUUUUAGGAAAGAUU